UCACUGCCUCCCCUUCAUGGAUCACUGCCUUGCCGUGGCGAAGGGGCUUGAAGAACUCAGAGAAGCUAUGAACUACGCCGAGCAGGGCACACAAGAUGAAUAGGUCAUAGUGGAGAGUUUUGACCAAACGUGAUCCACCUGGAGGAGGAACCGGCAAGCCACUCCAGUAUCCUUGCCAAGAAAACUCCAUGGACAAAGACAACAGGCAUAUAAAAGUUAUGACGCUGGAAGAUGAGCCCCUCAGGUCGGAAGGCGUCCAACAUGCUACUGGGGAAGAGCGGAGGGCAAGUACAAGUAGAUCCAGAGCUGAUGAAGCGGCUGGGCCAAAGCCGAAAGGACGCUCAGUUGCAGAUAUGCCUGGAAGCGAAAGGAAAGUCCAAUGCUGUAAAGAAAAAUAUUGCAUAGGAACCUGGAAUGUAAGAACCAUGAACCUGGGUAAGUUGGAGGUGGUCAAAAAUGAGAUGGCAAGAAUAAAUAUUGACAUCCUGGGCAUCAGUGAACUAAAAUGGACGGGAAUGGGCGAAUUCAGUUCGGAUGACCAUCACAUCUACUACUGUGGGCAAGAAACCCGUAAAAGAAAUGGAGUGGCCCUCAUAGUCAACAAAAGAGUGGCGAAAGCUGUACUGGGAUGCAAUCUCAAAAAUGAUAGAAUGAUCUCGAUACGAAUCCAAGGCAGACCUUUUAACAUCACAGUAAUCCAAGUUUAUGCACCAACCACUGGUGCUGAAGAAACUGAAAUAGACCAAUUCUAUGAAGACUUACAAGACCUUAUAGAAGUGACACCAAAGAAGGAUGUUCUUCUCAUUGUAGGGGAUUGGAAUGCUAAAGUAGGGAAUCAAGAGAUAAAAGGAACAACUGGCAAGUUUGGCCUUGGAGAUCAAAACGAAGCAGGGCAAAGGCUAAUAGAGUUCUGUCAAGAGAACAAGCUGGUCAUCACAAACACGCUUUUCCAACAACACAAGAGACGACUCUACACAUGGACAUCACCAGAUGGGCAGUAUCGAAAUCAGAUUGAUUAUAUUCUCUGCAGCCAAAGAUGGAGAAGCUCUAUACAGUCAGCAAAAACAAGACCUGGAGCUGACUGUGGCUCAGAUCAUCAGCUUCUUAUAGCAAAAUUCAAGCUUAAACUGGGAAGUGAUGGUAUUCCAGCUGAACUAUUUAAAAUUUUAAAAGAUGAUGCUGUUAAGGUGCUACACUCAAUAUGCCAGCAAAUUUGGAAAACUCAGCAGUGGCCAGAAGAUUGGAGAAGAUCAGUCUACAUCCCAAUCCCAAAGAAGGGCAGUGCCAAAGAAUGCUCCAACUACCGCACAAUUGCACUCAUUUCACACGCUAGCAAGGUUAUGCUUAAAAUUCUACAAGGAAGGCUCAAACAGUAUGUGGAUCGAGAACUCCCAGAAGUGCAAGCUGGAUUUAGAAGAGGCAGAGGAACCAGAGACCAAAUUGCAAACAUGCGCUGGAUUAUGGAGAAAGCUAGAGAGUUCCAGAAAGACAUCUACUUCUGCUUCAUUGACUAUGCAAAAGCCUUUGACUGUGUCGACCACAGCAAACUAUGGCAAGUUCUUAAAGAAAUGGGAGUGCCUGAUCACCUCAUCUGUCUCCUGAGAAAUCUCUAUGUGGGACAAGAAGCUACAGUUAGAACUGGAUAUGGAACAACUGAUUGGUUCAAAAUUGGGAAAGGCGUACGACAAGGCUGUAUUUUGUCUCCCUGCUUAUUUAAUUUAUACGCAGAAUACAUCAUGCGAAAGGCUGGGCUGGAUGAAUCCCAAGCUGGAAUUAAGAUUGCCGGAAGAAAUAUCAACAACCUCAGAUAUGCAGAUGACACAACCUUGAUGGCAGAAAGUGAGGAGGAAUUAAAGAACCUUUUAAUGAGGGUGAAAGAGGAGAGCGCAAAAUAUGGUCUGAGGCUCAACAUCAAAAAAACGAAGAUCAUGGCCACUGGUCCCAUCACCUCCUGGCAAAUAGAAGGGGAAGAAAUGGAGGCAGUGAGAGAUUUUACUUUCUUGGGCUCCAUGAUCACUGCAGAUGGUGACAGCAGCCACGAAAUUAAAAGACGCCUGCUUCUUGGGAGAAGGGCAAUGACAGGCCUAGACAGCAUCUUGAGAAUUAGAGACGUCACCUUGCCAACAAAGGUCCGUAUAGUUAAAGCCAUGGUUUUCCCAGUAGUGAUGUAUGGAAGUGAGAGCUGGACCAUAAAGAAGGCUGAUCGCCGAAGAAUUGAUGCUUUUGAAUUAUGGUGCUGGAGAAGACUCUUGAGAGUCCCAUGGACUGCAAGAAGAUCAAACGCAUCCAUUCUUAAUGAAAUCAGCCCUGAGUGCUCACUGGAAGGACAGAUCGUGAAGCUGAGGCUCCAGUACUUUGGCCACCUCAUGAGAAGAGAAGACUCCCUGGAGAAGACACUGAUGCUGGGAAAGAUGGAGGGCACAAGGAGAAGGGGGCGACAGAGGAUG